AUGUCGCGCGAGUUGGAGGGGCUGGGGGAGCAGGCAGAGAGGAAUAGGGAGCCGAUGAGGCUGGAUAGUGGGUGGGAUGGCGGACAGGAGGGGCGUGGGAGAAGAACACCUGGUCGACGCGUUCUGAUUCUUGACUUAGAGCAGGCGGGGUUUGAAAGUCGAGUGCCAGCUACAAGUGCUGAAAGCGAGGAGGGGGAAAUGGAAAUGUGUCGCACCAUAGGGAGUGCGGGCGGAGUACAUGAGGGAGGUGAACUGGUGAGGGUGUUCGAGCUCGGUUCUCCUCUAGCAUCCUCUGCCGGUUCUCGUGCUGCAGCUGCUGUUACUCCUGCUAGGGUUGCAUCUGAAGGUGGUAUACGAUGCGAGCACGGCAGCAGCUACGCCUCUACCACCACCUUCUACCUCUGCAUCCCAAUCGGGUUUGCCCUCGGCUACCUCUACAUACAGAGGCUUGUUGGUGUUGGGGAGGCGUCCUUCAUCAGUCUGGCAGCGCCCUUCAUAGACGACAACGCUCCUCCGGGGAAGACAGCACAAUGGCUUGCCACCUUCUACCUCUGCAUCCCGGUCGGCUUUGCCCUCGGCUACCUCUACGGGGGGGUGGCUGGCCCCCUUCUCGGGUGGCGAGGAGCAUUCUUAUUGGAAGCCCUUUUCAUGCUGCCGUUUGUGGUCUACACCGCUACUGCUGCCCCUCCGCCCCUCAAAGGUAAUCCUGUUCUGCUUCCUUUUCCCCUUCUCGCUUCCCUUGCUCCCUCUCUCGCCUCACUCCUUGCCACCCCACCUUCUACCUCUGCAUUCCGGUCGGCUUUGCCCUCAGCUACCUCUACGGGGGGGUGGCUGGCUCGCUGCUGGGGUGGAGGGGAGCGUUUCUGCUGGAAGCUCUGUUCAUGCUGCCGUUUGUGCUCUACACUGCUCCUGCCGCCCCUCCGCCCCUCAAAGGUAACCUCUUUCUCCCGUGCUCCCCUUCUGCUGCUUACCCUGCUCUCUAUCUCUCUCUCCCGCCUCUGCAUUCCGGUCGGCUUUGCCCUCGGCUACCUUUACGGAGGGGUGGCUCCUCUGCUCGGGUGGAGAGGAGCUUUUCUACUCGAAGCUCUGUUCAUGCUGCCGUUUGUGCUCUACACUGCUACUGCCGCCCCUCCACCUCUCAAAAAUAACCCCCUGCUUCCUUGCUGCCUCCCCCGCUGCUCGGGUGGCAGGGCGCACGCCUCUGUUACAGCUUCUGCUGCUCUUGCUGAUGAUGAUGAGGAGAGGGCAGAAGGGGCGCCAUCGCUGGCAACGUCGUCACAGGUUGAGGCGACUACGCAGUUGAAGCAUGGUGAUGGGUCUCUGAUAGACGACUCGCUUUCUCUUGCUCGCAACGAGAUUUUCACCAUCAAUGUCCUCGGCUAUGCGGCCUAUACAUUCGUGAUUGGCGCGUAUGCGUACUGGGCGCCCAAGGCGAUGAAAGAGAUCUUUAAUGAGGAGAGGGCGGAUGCACUGUUUGGAGGCAUCACGGUGGUCACUGGCGUGGGCGGCACGCUGUUUGGCGGCCUUAUGUUGGACCGCAUGGGUGCCACCAUCCCCAACGCGCUGCUGCUGCAAUCCCGGGUGACAGUUGUGGGAGCUAUUUUCUGCCUCCUCGCCUUUGCCUCGCCACACAUCCUUCUCUUUGUCCUCUUCAUGGCUCUCGGGGAGUUCUUCAUUUUCGCUAUCCAGGGACCAGCCAACAUAGUGUCACUGCAGUGCGUGCCAUCCAACCUCAGAGCCCUCGCAAUAGCCGCUGCAACCGUCGUUGCUCACCUGCUGGGGGACGUACCCUCGCCACCCAUCCUCGGCCUCCUCCAGGUGCCUUUCUCCCUCAGGUGCAACACUGAUGGUGCCUGCCUCGCACCACAACCAGGCCCUUCAACCCCCUUGACCCCCUUAAUAUGCUCCCCUGCCUCUUCCAUAACCCCCUUCACUAUCUCUCCUCUGCCUGCUUCAUCUCGCUCACCUUCCUUCCGCAUCCCCUUCUUCCCUUGCAACCACUGCAGCUGCCCUUGGACCCCGCGACGCCGCCCCUGCAGCAGCCGCCUCCGUCCCGUCCGCGCUUGCCCUCGUGCAGUCGCCCUGUCUCGCCCGCGCCCUCGUGCGCUCUGCUGCUGCGCGCGCCCUCGUGCGCUCCGCUGCUGCGCGCGCCCUCGUGCGCUCCGCUGCUGCCCGCGCCCUCGUGCGCCCUGCUGCUGCCCGCGCCCUCGUGCGCCCUGCGCCCUCGUGCGCUCUGCUGCUGCACGCGCCCUCGUGCGCUCUGCUGCUGCCCGCGCCCUCGUGCGCUCUGCUGCUGCCCGCGCCCUCGUGCGCCCUCCUGCUGCCCGCGCCCUCGUGCGCACUGCUGCUGCCCGCGCCCUCGUGCGCGCUGCUGCUUCCCGCGCCCUCGUGCGCCCUGCUGCUGCCCGUGCCCUCGUGCGCCCUGCUGCUGCCCGCGCCCUCGUGCGCCCUGCUUCUGCCCGCGCCCUCGUGCGCCCUGCUGCUGCCCGCGCCCUCGUGCGCCCUGCUGCUGCCCGCGCCCUCGUGCGCCCUGCUGCUGCCCGCGCCCUCGUGCGCUCUGCUGCUGCCCGCGCCCUCGUGUGCUCUGUUGCUGCCCGCGCCCUUGUGCGCCCUGCUCUGCCCGUGCCCUCGUGCGCUCUGUCUCACCCGCGCCCUCGUGCGCUCUGCUCUGCCCGCGCCCUCGUGCGCACUGCCGCUGCCCGUGCUCUUGUGCGCUCUGCUCUGCUAGUCGCCCUUCGCGGCGGCCCCGUCGAUCCGCACGUCGCCCUGCGGCCCCCUUCCCGCACACCCAAGUUCGCUUUCCGCACAACCGACUGA